AUCGCGUCUCCUGCACUCGUUCUCCAAUCCUUGCCCACCCCGUCAGGUUUUUACUCCGUGAGAUCUAUUCGAGGUGAGGAGGUGUAAAAAAACCAGACAUGACUGAAGACGCUCGGCUUCUUUGUACCAGUAUGGGUACUUCCCAUAACUCGAAACCAAGCCGCUCGCGUCAACUCCCGCUAGAACUCGUGGAAGAAAUCUUCGCCCAGGCUUGGAAAUCCACCGCCGAUGCAACUGAACGCCAAGAUCUCUAUGCGUUGCUCGAGACUGCGCACCCUGCACUGGCGGAAAUCAUCGAGCGCGUCGCUAUCCGCUUCGUGAUGCUCGAAACGUUAGGCCCCUCAAAGUGCUCGGAUGGCGCGCUGUACAGCGAUAUCCUCACCAAGAUCGAAAGCUCGCAGCACACGGAAACCGGCCAAGAACCACCCCGUACUGUCGCACAACGCUUCGCGGGGGCUCACGUUCGUAUGGACGCGCAGCGUCUGCUGUCGGAGCUGGGACAAGUCUACCAAUUCGAAUACAGCCGUAUGUCGCUGCGCCCCAUCUUGGACGUCGUCACCUCCGUCACACUUUACUCCUCGUUCGAGAAGAGGCGGGUGGGCGUCGCGACGGAGGCCGUCUACAGCCUGCUCGCAAGCCUCCCCCACCUCACGCACCUCCACCUCGACUUCGACUUGGACCAGGAGCGGUUCAACCUUCCAAAUGGCCAUCGCAACUUCGGCGGCGUAACGCCGUUCCCACUCCCGUCGCUCACCUUCCUCCGCACGCGGACGUGCCCCGGGUGCGGCUGGGCGUCCACCAGCAGCCACGCGCCCGAGUGCCUCCGGGCCGCGUUCGCGCAGAUAUUCCCGCAGCUCCGCGAGCUGCAGCUCGACACGCCGCUGUUCCUGAAGUACAUCGACGCGCCGCAGACGCUAGAACGCGUCACGCUCAAUGCGCCGCCGCCGGCGAAGCUGUUCUGCUCGAUCCAGGGGUACAACGUGGCCGCUGGCCUGCGCCGCUGGAUGGAGCCGCGGCCGGAGGAAGCGAGGGGCGGGAGCAGGAGGGUGCGGCUGAAGAAGAUCGUUGUUCACACUGGUUGGGAGGAGCCGAUUGGGUGGAAGCAGGCGCAGGAGGCUUGUGAUCGGUUUGGCGUCCAGUUCGUCAGGCAGGUCUUAUAUGUUUGAGCUUGAGUCUUACAUAGUCACGGUUGAGUAUCCGGUAGGCCGCGACAGUUAGCGCACAUAGCGUAGCGCUGUCUCCC